CAUGAAUCUUUGUGUUUAUGUCCUCCUUUUGUUCGUUUGGGCAAACAGUUGUUUAGAUACAAACCGAAGCGAUGGAUCUCCUACUACAGGAGCUAAACACUUCGAAACAAUGGACACCAAACUAGAGAGCUUGCGGAGACGUCUACUGGUUAUCACAAUUGGCAUUAUGAUUAUAGCUUUUGCAUCUAUCUGCUUUUGUUUCAUCUAUUACAACUGUUCGGCUGAUGAAGCGCCCAAGGCAGGAACGCUCAAGAAAGAAGGUGUGACAGCCCCGGCAGCCAGACCACCAUCCAAAAUGUCAUUCAGCGACUCCAAGACCCCCAAUCCGUGUAGUCGAGAACAACCAUCCCUGCUAUCUAGUACACACAAGUUAUCUAGUGUCUCAAGUCCAGAAAAGUCCUCCAUACCCUCCAGUGCAGAAAGGUUAAUCAGGCCCUCGAGUCCACAACACCAAAGUCUGUCACCUGGUAUACCAAAGGCAAACAAGCCAUCAAGUGGAGGAAGGAAAAGGCCAUCAUGCUCAGACAAAAAAUUCCAGUCAUUUCACCUGGAAAAGUCCUAUAGAACACGCCACCUGGGAAAGCCCUAUCAGCCAGUUUGUGCCCAUAGGCCAGUUGGUCAGGCAGCCUCAUCCAAUCCGAAGAAGGCAGUGAGCCCACCGUGGCCAGUAGAUGUGCAAUACGUAGUCAUGCCCAUCCAGUCACUCUGUCCACUCCACCCACAAAAUCACAUCUCCUCACCCAAGCCUUCCACUGUGCAGACACUAAACAAAUCCCUCAGACAUCGGAAACUCAAAAGGUCGGUUUGUGGGCGUAGGGCAGACAUGUUAUUUAGGCCUCAAUUAAUCAAGGCUUGCCGAUGCUAUAAGAGAAAAUGCCUUGUUCGUCGAAGUUCUGAGCCUUUGUUCAAUAGUAUUUCGGAGGCAAAGAAUAGAAAUGCUCAAAACCCACUUUUUACAAAUGAAGGGAAGCCUUUUACCCAGCCUUUUCUUAAGGCAGAUUACAGAGACAACGUCUUCUGUGCCACUGAGAACAACAGUGAUGUUUUGACUUAUGAGAACGAUGGCAGUGAUAGGGAGGUCACCAUUCUUUGCAACGUGACCGGCAACGAGACCAUCCCUGAAGGCAUCCAAGAUAAUUAAAGACUCGAUAUACAUAAGAACCACCUGUGAAGAAGCAAACUUAUACCAACUAUAUGCUCACUGUCUUUUAAAACACUGACAGUGGGAAAUCUACUUGCAAUCAUUAUUGAGAUUACUCCUAGCCAUCUUGGAAGCAACUUAUUGAACACACAAUAAAUAAAUGCACGAUGUA